UUAAAGUUACUAAAUUUAGUCCUCACAAUAGUAAUAUUCUCAUAAAUACCACUGUCAAAGAUAGCUUUCACUUCUUCUGCCGUGAACUUUCCAUCAAUAACAAAUAAAAAUUGGCACAUCCCAUCAUAAAGUUUUACUAUAUUUUUAGUUAGCUUAGUGACCCCAGUAUCAUUCACAAGAUAUUUCGUUCCUUUUUUCUCAAGUACUUUGGCUAAUGUAGAUUUACCACUAUUAGUGCGACCAACUAUUAUUAAUUUUCCAAUUGUUUCAAUUGUUUCUCGAGAUGAAAACCCUUCAACUAUCUUUGGUGAUGGUAAAUCUACUUGUGCCGGCUUUGAAUAGCUUUCCGCUUCUUCAAAGUAAUAUACUAACGACGGUAUUUCGGAAUUUAAGUUGCGUUCCACUUCUUGGGCAAUAUUUCUUACGGAAGUCUUAUCAUGUAAUUUAUCCCACAUUUUUAAUUUGUAGUAUUUUUUCCGGCAUAUUUUAUCCAAGUGAUCUAGUAGUAUUUCUCUUGACUGAUUUCUUCUUCUUUUAUUAAUUCUAAUCGUUUCUUUAUCAUCAUCAUCACGAACAGAAAUUUCUACCGGAGGAUUAUCUACGUAGACGAUACUUUUACAUAAUUUAGCAAUUGAUUCGUUUUCAUCACAUAAGUUUUCUUUAUCUUUUGUGCAUUCAUCUUUAUUUUUAAAGUUACUAAACUUAGUUCUCACGAUUGUGAUAUAUUUAUCAAUACCACUUUCAAAGAUGAAAUCUUUAAGCAAGUUAAACGUACUUGCUUUUUCUGCCGAAAAUUUUCCGUC